UGUAUCAGUGUGCACUCAAGACUCAUUCUCAGCUCCCUGGGGAGUAAACAACAAGACAAAGAAUUUUGUUAUUUGUCCCCUGACGAAAUGGAAGCCAGUGUAAGUUACAAAGAACAGGGAGGAUGUGAUGAUUCUUGCUAGCGGCUGUGUUUUGAACACGUUGAAGUUUGUUAAUAAUUGAUUUUGGUGUACGAGUCACAAGGCUAUGGCCGUACCCUAUCCUGGAUAUGGAAAGGGAGAGAACAAGCGUGAUGGUAGAUUCCCCAGUGAGGUAUCUCCUGGUUUGACACUGAACUGUCCCGCUACAAUUGGAUGUCCACCAGAGGUAACCACUGUCCAGUUCUUCAAGAUUAUGUUCACAUGUUUUUCCAGACGGAUGCACUUGUCCUUGAUGUGGUACAGGUUCUUCCGUUUCCGACCGGAAGGAUCCAGAACACCCUUUGUCAAUGAAGGCUUUAGUGAUGACUUGUGUGGAAGUGAGAAAAGUCAUAAGUCCCGUGGGUUGUCCGGAGCGUCCAGCGUGUUCAUGUCCACUUGGCGCCCAGAUGGCCCCACAACCCCGAUUAGGUCAGAACGAUCUCUGCGACCAGUACCCAGUCUUCCCGACCACCAUGUGGCAAAAAGCCCAAAGGGUGAACCUUAUCCCGGAGAGGCAAACAUCCGCUUUGACCACUCCAGACAUCAACAGACUCGUCCUGACUUCACUCGUGGUGCAACAACGGCCCGGCCAAGAACACCAGUCGAGGAUUACGAAGAAAGACCAAGCAGUUCAUCCUCUCUUAUCAGGGGCAAGUCUCCGGUCAGAAGAAAAUUACCCGUACCGGAACCGGAACCCUACCCAGACUAUGAUUUGUGAAGAACUCUAAACAUUUUUACUUUGUCUUGAAGAAUAUACUGAAAUGAAGACUGUAACUUACUUCUUCUGUUAUUCUAUGUGUCGUCCAAAUUGUUGAUUUAAUAUUUAUGUUAUUAUACCAAAGGUUGAUCAAAUCAGUUUUUUAUGUAACGUGUAAAAUCCCAAGUCUAAUAAUCUAAUUACAAGGGCUUCCAUUGAUGGAAACUGCUGACAGGAUGUCAUCGAUAAAUGAUAUAUGAAUGUUGGCCGUGUGUUUCCAUUAAUGAAAUCUCACAGAUUAUUCUGCUGUUGUAACAAAGUAUGAUAUACACGCAUAUAUCUCGAGCGGACACUCGAAACUUGAGUAUGAAAUUGUUAAGGUACAAAUUGAAGCAGGUAUGUAAAUUGUGUUCAUCCGUAUAAGAGGGAUAUUUAUUUUCUUUUUAACAGUUCAAUGUUAUAUAUUUUGGAUGGUAUUUAUGACAACCAAACAAGAA